AGGUCGAGGCCUGCCCUCCCAGUGUUGCUGAGAGAAGGGCGGGAAGGAGGGAGGAAGCGGGCCUUUCGGGGACAGGCGCUGGGCUUCCCCGGGGGCCAUGGCGAGCAGCCUGCGGCAGGUGGCCCUGCUGGGCGCCGCGGUGGCCGUCGCCGGAGGGGUGGCCUAUGCCGCCUGGAAGAGCUACGCCUCCGCCCCGCCGGCGCCCCCUUUCCUGGAGGCCAAGGAAGAGUCCCCGCUGGGGAGCGCCCCUCCGCCUCAAGAGCCGCAGGAUAAACCUCCUGGGAGGCAGAUCUUGGUUCUGGGCCUGGACGGGGCUGGAAAAACCAGUGUUCUCCAUUCGCUGGCAACUAACCAAGUAAAGCGCAGCACAGCUCCCACAGAAGGCAUCAAUGCUGUGUGUAUCAACACAGAGGAAACCAAAAUGGAAUUCCUAGAAAUUGGUGGGAACGAGACGUUACGUGACUAUUGGAAGAUGUACUUGCCAAAAGGCCUGCUGCUAAUCUAUGUUGUGGAUUCAGCUGAUCAUGAACGCCUACCAGUUGCUAAGAAGCUUCUUCAUCAGCUUGUCCAAAGUAACUCCACCUUGCCUGUUAUGGUUCUGGCCAAUAAGCAGGAUCUUGGAAGCGCAUACUGUAUCACAGACAUUCAUGAGGCUUUGGCAUUGUCCGAACUUGGAGACGAGAGAAAGAUGUUCCUCAUUGGUACUCAUGUGGCAAAAGACGGCUUAGAGAUCUCUUCUAGUUUGAAAGACACACGGGAACUGAUUUCACAACUAGUAUCAGAAGCUCUGUAAUAGGAAAUGGAAUGGGCCACCACAACAGGGCACACCAGUAUUCUUGUAUUGCCAGCCAUAAAUUGUUACUUUAAAUUAAGAUCUGGCAGAUAUCCUCAGGUAUGGUGUUCCAAGGAAGACGAUUUUUAAGAAAUGGGAAGACCAUUUUUAAAUGUAUUUAUGUUUAUUUGAAAAGUAGCGCUGUCUUUGAAAUGUGGAACAAAAGUGGAAUUACUGAACCUCCUUAAAUGAAGGAAGCACAUGCCGCUUCUGUAGGUAACUACUGUUGAUUUUAGCUGAAGCUGUGUACAUGUUAAUUGGGAAGCUGGAGAAAAAGUAUAUUUACACUGAAAGGAACCUUUGAUGAAUGUAGCAUAAAGAAGCAAGGACUAAUUGCAUACAUUCAGAGAGCCGUUUGUGUUCCUCAUUAACUCCACGGCCGUUUCCUCUUAGAUUUAUUUUCUUCAUUGGAAAGCUGUUUCCUAUUACAACACUCCUUUGGUGUAAGUGUACAUAUUCUUAUUUAUUCAUGUUCCCUAAGUAAUACUGAACAGGACAUUAGAUUCAGAGAGAGCUGCUGGACCUAAUCAUUGGGAACGAGGACAUAUAUAGAUUAUUGCACCCAGCAUUUAGAGAGCUUUGAAUUUUCCAGGCAUUCAGAUAAGAUCCCAGUUUAGUUGCCCAUUUCUCCCUCUGCAGUGAAGGAAUCAAUGUGCAGGUGGCCCUAUCUACUUCCUAACCUUGUUAAUGCCUCUUCUUUCUUUCUGGAAAGAAAAACAAACAAAAUCUCAUGAGCAUGCUCAUUUCUGAGGAUUUUGGUAUUCAUGAACUAAUAAUACUAGAAAAUGAUGCUUUUCCUGUAGUUUGGUUUCCUGUGACACACAGGACAACCUCCAUAUGUGUGGAACUGAUACCCAUGGUUUUGUUUUUCCACAUCCACAAAAUAUGUCCUCUAGGCAUUUUCUAAGUCCUCCAGGGUAACUUUGUGGUAUUAGGCCCAAAGUUCUCUAUUAUAAUAGUGUUUGCUGUUAUCCACAGUUUUGCAUAUCCACACAGUCCAGGAACAUGUUACCUGUGGAGAUGGGAGUCAUAUUGUACUUAUGGUCUGUGGGGAAAUAUUAGUGACUCCCACAAUACUUUUGCAUUUUCACAAGCAUCUUGUAGGAUGGUUUUAAGUCUGCUGUGAAAGCUCUAGAGUAGUAUUGCUAAUAAGAAAAUCCAAUUCAUUGGGUGCUCUGCUAUAGCAGAGUCAACCUAGACACAGCAUAUUAUUUGAGAACACAGAAAUGCUGGACCACUCUGAAAACCACCAUGUCAGGCUACACAAAGAAGCCAUUGAAAUCCACAAGCAUGUGGACAAUUACAACAGAAAGGGGGAAACCAUGUAAAUGAGCAAAAUCUGGCUAACAGUAUUUUUAAAAAAAAACUCUAAAAUCAGGAUAGUAAAUAAAGAGCAACACUCAAAAAACAGGAGAAUUCCAGACAAUCAAUCAGGGCCAGUUGAAACCUCCCAACACCUCCCAGGCAGCAAUAGGCCAGGCUUUGAAGCUGCAAGACCAUUAAAUGCUGAUCAAGGUGGUCAGUUGCAACAUUCACACUUGCCUCAAACAGACGAGAGUUAUUUCUCCCUCCGUGGUUAUUUCACAGAUGUCAGAUCCUGUGGCCUAGUUUCCAACAGACCUCACAACCCCUGAGAAUGCCUGCUAUAGAUGUGGGUGAAAUGUCAGGAGAAAAAGCCUCUGGAAUGUGGCCAUACAGCCCGGAAAACUCACAGCAACCCAGGCAUUUCCGGCCAUUAAAACCUUUGACAACAUGUUGCAGAAAGUGAGUUUUUGCAGUUUAAUAAUUUUUUUCAUGUUUUUAUGAUAGAACCAAUUAAGAAAUUACAUUUAUAACUGAGGAACAAAAAGCAUGUUAAAUAGUGUUUUCAUUCCAAAUUACAUAGCACAGGGAGAAUAAUCAAUUUCUUCUUUUUGAUCAGUCCAAACUCCAUGAAGUUGACACAUGAACAAUUCUAGGUGGAAGCAGAGAUGCUCUUCCACCUUUCAUCCAUUGCCCCCCCCCCAAAGUAGCUGCCUGUCUUUCAGGGUUUCACCCUAUUAAAACAGUAUUUUAAACAUUUUUCAUUAAUAUGGUUGUGAUUCCAUGCAUCUCAAAAUCUGGAUGCUUAGGAGUAGCAACUGUUUUUCUGAAACCCGCUCUUUUCUCUCCAAAGUUUCUUCUGCAUUGUCCGAAGUUGUGUGGAACUCUGGAAGGGCUGAAUGCUUUGAAGAUCUCUUUUUGCUACCAGAACAAAUAGAAAUGCAAGGUUUAGGGAGACCAGUGCAAACACAAAGCACAUCCUUUUGUUUUAUUUUCCUGUAUCAGGAGCAACUUGAGAAACUGCAAGUUGCUUCUGGUGUGAGAGAAUUGGCCAUCUGCAAGGACAUUGCCCAGGGGAUGCCUGAAUGUUUCACCAUCCUGUGGGAGAAUUCUCUCAUGUCCCYGCAUGAGAAACUGGAGCUGACAGACGGGGUUCACCCCGCUCCCCAGAUUCAAACACAACAUUUUAACCCCUUGCACCAACAGGGGGCUCCUAUCCUUUUGGUGUUUGAAUCUAUGUUUGAAUACAUCGGACUGCUGCUAUACUGAGUUUUCUUUUAAGUUCUGAAACAAUCUAUAAAAUACCUCAUGCACAUAAUCUGCAUCGGUAAAGGAAGAGCUCAAUGCAGACUUCCCCUUUCUUCCCACUUCCUUUAUGACUUUGUGAAGUGGUAUUAAGAAAACAGCAAAGGAUACAAAGAUUGACAAGGUAAAGGUGAGGUGGAAGCACUUCUUGCAUUGCAGAAAAACUGUCUAUACUUUUCAAUGUUCUUUUUGUAACAGUAGAAACAGUACAAAUGUUUUCUAGAGAGGUUUUUCCACUUGUAUGCUAAAGCAGUUCCUUUCUAUAAAAUCAAAAUAUUUUCAUCCUACUUUGCUGUCUUGAGUUUAAUUUUCCUGAAUGUGGUGUGGUCCCGAUAGUUUAUUAGACAACAGAAAUGCAACCUCAAGAGCUGGCGUAGAAGUGGCAAUCAUACAGCCCAGAUGUUAUUGGACUGCAAAUCCCAUCCCACCAGCAUAUCUAGUGCUGAAGAAUACUGGAUCUAACAAUAUUUGGAGAAACUAUUAUAUUACUCACAUAGCUUCAAAUGAAAAGGGUGGUUGAAGAAAAUGUUACUCAUUAUGCAGAGGGUUCUAGGACCAAGUCACGUUGGGGUGUAUCUACACUGUUGAAUGAAUACAGUUUGGAACCACUUCCAGUGCUAUGACUCAAUGCUGAGGAAUCAUGGAAGUUGUAAUUUAGUGAGACAUAAGCACUCUUUGGCAAAGAAGGCCAUGCUCCUAGUCCUUGCAGUUGAAAUUCCAUGGAUUGAACAGUCUUUAAUGGACACCUUGCUGAGAACAUCUUGCUGGACAUCUCUUUGAAUUCAGGUGUCCCUUUCCAGAUACCUGGCAAUAAAACCUGUUUUUAUAA